AUGAACGUUUAUACCAUUUUGAUUCAUUCGUCCAUGCGAUGUGUCUAUGCGCUGAGGUCUUCCCUAAGUGAGUCGAACGGCGUAACCCACGUCACAGAAGGUGAGCGCCCUGGAAGGGACGACUCCAUCGGAACCGAUCAAAACAAAGACGAAUGCGAACCCACCCCCCAUGUCAUGGAUUCUGUUAACAAGUGCGUCAUCGGGACGAAGAUUUUCGUCAGGGAUAAACAGAAGGUGUGGGUCUGCGCCGAAAUCAUAAAGGAAGAAAAGGAUCUGGUGGCCAAGACGGAGGAUGACGAGAUCGUUGUUCUGAAGGAGAAGGACGAAUUCUACCUUAGAAAUUUAGAUGUAUUCGAUUCAAGCGGUUUGUCAGCCCCCGCGGAUUUAACGAACCUAACGCACCUACACGAAGCAUCCAUACUUCACAGCUUGAAUGUUCGGUUUGACAUUGACGAAAUAUAUACUCUUACUGGACCGAUUCUAAUCGCCGUGAACCCAUUUAAGGUUAUACCAGAUCUGUACUCAGAUGACAUGCUAGCUAAACAUGUGCAGCCGAUUCAGUCCAAAAGUCCACAUAUUUUUUCCACAGCGAAUAGUGCAUACCUAGGCAUGUGCCAACAUAAUAAACCUCAGACGAUACUAAUAAGUGGAGAAUCAGGUGCAGGGAAAACAGAAUCCACAAAGUACGUGAUGAAGUUUCUUGCUUGUGCAGGUUCAGACAUUAAAAAAAGAUCCCUCAUUGAGUCACAGAUAUUGGAGAGUAACCCCUUGUUGGAGGCGUUUGGAAAUGCAAGGACGCUGAGGAAUGAUAAUUCGAGUCGUUUUGGAAAGUACAUUGAAUUGCAGUUCUCCUUGGAUCGAAAAGGGGGGGGUCAGUACUACACCAAGGGGAAGCUGUGUGGCGCGAAGAUUCGGACCUACCUUCUGGAGAAGGUGCGGGUUUGCUAUCAGCAGGAGGGCGAGCGCAACUACCACAUUUUCUACCAGCUCUGCAGGGCGGCCAGGGAGGCGGCAAAGAAAACGUCCAACCAUGUGGCUAACAAAUCAGUUGACGAGUCAGUUCACGAAUCUCCUAGUAACGUUUCCAACACUUCCAACUCAGACGACUUGCCUUCGGAGCCGCCCCGCGAGUACCACUUCCCCGUGACGGAGAAGUUCAGAGACCCCGACAUGGGUGCCAAGUCGGUGAACAUAAACCUGACUGGCUUCCAAAGUCAUGAACACUUCCGCUAUUUAACCAAGUCGAGCGUGCAUGAGCUGAGUGACGUCAACGAGCUGGAGUUGUUCGAGACGACGGUAUACGCCAUGCAGACCAUCGGGAUAAGCGAAGCGGAGCAACACCAAAUUUUCCGUGUGUUAGAAGGGAUCCUAUACCUCGGGAAUGUCCUCUUCAGUAAUGACGAUAGUAAGGAAGAGUGUCGAAUUUUGGAGGAUUCUCUUUCUGAUUUGAAAAAGGCUGCAUCUUUUUUAGAUGUAGAUGCAGAAGAAUUGAAAAAUGCACUCUGUUAUAGAACCAUUGUAGCGAAUAACGAGUGCUAUAAAAAGCCAGUGAAUGCAAUCGCAGCGAACGAUAUCAGGGAUGCACUAGCCAGAGCCAUUUAUGGAUGUCUAUUCCUUAAGGUAGUCGAAAGGACCAACGAAUCCGUAGGGUUUUUAGAAGACACGAAUCUGGUAUUCUGUGGGGUUCUGGAUAUAUUUGGGUUCGAAUCUUUUGCAGUAAAUUCAUUCGAGCAAUUGUGUAUCAACUACACAAAUGAAUGCUUGCAACAAUUUUUCAACAACUUCAUAUUUAAGUGCGAGGAGAAGCUAUACAUAGAUGAGGGUAUCGAGUGGGACCCACUAGACUUCCCCGACAAUGCAGAUUCAAUCAAUUUACUUGAAUCCAAACCGUAUGGUGUGUUCUGUAUGCUGGAUGAGGAAUGUUACGUUCCAUCUGGAAAGGACAAAACCUUUUGCAGUAAAAUUAUUAGCAAGCACAGUUCUUCCUCUGUCGGUUCUGGAAACAGCAAAUUUAUGGCUGUGAAGACGGACCCCUCCUCUUUCGUGAUUGUUCAUUUUGCGGGAAAAGUUACUUACAAUUCGUCGGGAUUUUUGGAAAAGAAUAAAGACCAGUUGUCGGCAGACGUACAGAAGGUACUUCUGCACAGCCAGAGUGAAUACACCUCUUCACUCUUCGACAAACAUUUACGAAGAAACGUCGAAAAAAAAAAAAUUCAAACGGUUUCAAGUGAAUUUAAGGGACAGCUUCAUCAGCUCAUGAAAAGAAUCAAAGAAACUGAACCCCAUUUUAUUAGAUGCAUUAAACCGAAUAAUCAGAAUGUACCCGACAUUUUCGAUCGUGUCUCUGUGAAUGAGCAGCUCAAGUAUGGGGGAGUGUUACAAGCAAUUAAGGUUAGUCGUUCUGGGUACCCUGUUAGACUUACACACACGGACUGCGUGAAGGAUUACUCUAUUUUGCUACACAAAGGAGGGAAGAAGCUGUUUCGGGAUUAUGAAACCAAAUCAUGGGCUCAGAAGGCCACCUUCGUUCUCAACCAGCUGCAUCAGUGUGAUGACAUACAGAACUUGGUUCGCUCGCUAGGCGAGGCGAAGCAACGGCGUCAGAUGGAAGAGGCCGCAGUCAGGGGGGGUGUCAACAAGGAUGCUAAUGGGGAUGAUAAAGGCACUCCUCAUAGUGGCAUGAACAUCGCCAACGCGACCUGCACCUCUGAGAGCACCCUCAUCUGGGCGGUGGGUAAAUCACUCUGCUUCUUCAAAAGCGAGGCGUACAACAUUCUGUCUACCCUGCGAAGCGAUUUCCGAUCCGCUCAGGCAAUAAUCCUACAGAAGAACUACAAAGCGUACCGACAGAGGAAACUAUUCCUGAUGAUGAAGAGGAAAGUGGUGUUGCUGCAAAGGUGGAUUAGACGCAUCCUAAUGGCCAUUCGAAAUGAACGCACGAAGGUGCAGAGAGCUACACAACUGAUCUGUCUACACAUAUAUGGCUACAGCGUUAGAAAAGCUUUCCUACACAAGAAAAAGUGUGCAACAAUUAUACAGGCACAUAUUAGAGGCUACUUAACAAGGAAGCAUUACAAGGAGUACAGGAUUAACCACUACGCAAGCCUCAUCAAAGCGACGUGGAAAAUGUAUAAACAGAGGAAACACAUGGCUAACAUGAAACAGGCUGUGGAGAAAAUCCAACUGAAGUGGAAAGGAAUCCUAGCGAGGAGGCAGUUAAGGAGACUAAAGGAGGAAGCCAAGGAAGUCGGAGCGCUUAUUCAGAGAAACCAAUACUUAGUAAAGGAAAUAGAAAAAGAGAGGAAAAAAAAAAUGGAAGCUGAAAACAAACUGUUGAAAGCUUUCGCCAGUGUAGAUAAGCUAGCCAAAAGGGUUGACUUACUCGAAAGGAACAACCGGGAUAAUGAGAAUGUGAUUAAGGGAUUGAUGGAAAAGAUGACCCAGGCGAAUUCUCCAUCCAGUAGUGAAUUACCUAGCGAAUGCACGAGGAUAAGGGUAUCCCCUCUGUCCCGCAAGGAAGACACUGUAACGGAGGCAUCCACUGCAACUGCCGUUACAAGUGGGUCUCCCGAUGUGGACACACUUCCACGAGGAGAGGACAUACAGAGCCUCCUCAGGAAGGUUAAAAAACUAGAAUCGGAAAAUAAGGAAUAUCUGAAAAAGAACAACACUCUGAAUGAACGUUACAACCAGCUGCUGGGGAUUUUGUCCCACUUUAAAAAGAAGGACAUGUGCCUUGAGUGUGGGCAGCAGGCAAAAAUCCCGCAGAGAGGGUCAUCAGGUAUGCAACGACGCGUCACAGAAGAGCAUGGUGAGAAUUGGACUGAACAAUCUAUAGAGAAAAGGGUCACACGAAAUGGAGAAAAGUACGAUGAGCAACUGAACGUGAGAAGAACAACCCACCGCCAAAAGGGAAGGGACGUAGACAUACUGAUGUGCGGCCCUAAGGGUGUUGGAAAGACGAGUCUGUUGGAAGAUCUGUUUGUUCGAAUUGGAGAUGAAGUAAACCUUAACUUGUUACGAAAAAAUAAAAAAAAAACUACAGACGAAAGUAACUCAUUUGUAUACGAUACGUAUGUAGUGACGCAUAAGUCCUGUUCAGUGAAGAUUUGUGAUUGUAUGUAUAGUUGUAGUAGGAGUGCAGAAGAAGGUCUGUUCAGCUUAAUAAAGAAUUCUACAUGUAUAGUUGUUGUGUUCGACUCAAGUAACAGUGAUUCGAUCCACCCAGCGUUGCACCUGCUUCAAGAAGCGGCCCUAACAAACGUGAAAAGAAGGACCAAACUGUAUCUACUAGAGAAUAUAUUUAACGAAAAAAUAAAUAUGAAGCAGAACACAUGUGAUGUAUCCUACUCAUUGAAGGUAGCCAAAGCAUGCAGUGCCCAUUAUGUUAAGGCGCUGGAUAUAUACGAUAUAGUGAAUAAUUAUGUGUGUGGAACCAAGUCCUACUUGUGUUCCCUUCCUGGGCAGACAUACCACAUGCAGAGGAAGGAUGACGUCCUUCCGUGGCAGUACUCGGAUAAGUACCACCAGUUGGUAAAACAGAUUGGAGAAGGUCUCCCUCCAGGGCAUUACAACAAUGCAUAUCUACAUGCACACAAAAUGGAGGACACAGACAAAUCCGUCAUAGAAACACUGCUCCAUGUGAAUCAUCUGAAUUUACCCCCCGGGGAGGAAUGCCCUCCAAAGUAUUUUACAGCCAAGAGGGACGAACAGACAGAUCAGGAUAACAAAUACAACAGUGUGUACUCCAUGGUUAGCUCAUUUAAAUCCCUUUGUAGUGUUAAUCAGAAGAAGAAUUCACACAUGCAAUUUCUGCGCGAGUCUAUGCCGUUGAACAGUUACGUAUAUGGUAGCAAGAAAUAUAACGUAGAAAUGGGGAAAGGUCUGCAGCCAAUCUAUGAAGUCACACUGAAGGGAAGUGUACCCAUCACUUAUUUACUCAUGGGACGUGACUCCAUUAACAAAAUGCACACGCUGCUGGCCGUGGGGUGCAAAGACGGAAUUAUAUACAUUUAUAAGUGUUUGCGAACCCCCCUGGAGAGUGCCCACGGGGGGCACUACUUCUACCAAGGUGGGGGCAGCAGUGUAAGCAGCCCAAGUAGGAAGAAUGGCGUAAACGCCGUCAACCCUGUUAGUGAUAUUAGUGUUGUUAGUGCGGUUAGUGAUGUGAGCGGCGAAGACAACGCAAACAUCACGUCGGCCAAACUGAUGACCAAACUGUCGGGUCACAAGAAAGCCAUUACUUGUCUCGUUUUCACAUUCACAGAAGAAAAAAUUAUUUCCUCUUCAAUUGAUCGUACCAUAAAAAUAUGGGAAGUAAGUACUGGAUUUCUAUUGAAGGUUUUUUCAGACUCAUCUGCAACUCUCUCCGUUUUGUUACUCCCAACGAAUCUCGAUCUGUUCCUCUGCUCCAACUGUACAUCCCUCCUUCGCAUCGUAAACGUAAACACGGGUCACGUUAAUCAGAAAAUAAAACUGGAGAGUGAAAUUAGGACACUAGAGAUGGAUGACACUGGGCUUAAUAUCUUUGCGGGCUCAAAAAAUGGAACUAUAUAUAUCCUAGAAAUAGUACACAAUGAACGUUUAGAGAUUCGGUUCAAGUUACUCUUCUCCCUUUCACCAAUAACCUGUAUAAGAUUUGUUCCCAAACAGCCUCUCCUCAGUUCUCCCCUUAUCAUUGUAAAUUCGUGUGACAAUCACAUGGGUAUUAUCGAGUGUGUGUAUGGGUCCAAGGGAAUGGUCCUCACAAGUCUAUCCGUUAAACAUCGUAUUAGAAUAAAUCACGCUCUGUUACCCAUCCGGAAUAGCUACUCCAAGUUCGGCGGCGGUUGGGUCAUUUCCGGUUCUGAAGAUGGCAACAUAUAUAUUUGCUCCCUCCUACCGCAAUCCAACUAUAGACUAGUCUUCUUAAAACAUCACAAGGCACCCGUCAUGGCCGUGGUGGUAAACGACAUCGACACGCUCAUGGUGUCAGGCGACUCCAAGGGAAACGUGGUCUUCUGGAGGCGCGCGUUCGUGUAG